AUGUCGCCUCACCGGUUGGUGGGCGAUCUCUCAGCUGCACAGUUACGAAAUUCUUUUGGAUCAUGUCAGGAAAGGAGAAUGUUCCCUUUUUUCCAUGCUCCUGACCGGUUAGGAAAUGUGUAUAUACCAAUUACCGGUGAUCCCAGCCUUGGGCCUGGAGCUUAUGACCAUGCAGAGAGGAACAACAUUUUAUACCACCUUGCUCACAAACCAGGAAGUAUUAAAGGUUACACUAUGGGAGCAAGAACAGCCCCACGUUUUGCACUAUCUGACAAGUAUGUGACUCCUGAGCCUACAGCAUACCAGACUAUACUGGCCAAAGACCAAAAGAUUCAGCCCAAAUAUGCUGCGUUUUCCAGCAAGUCACCACGAUUUUCGCCAAAGAUUCUGGAAGCAGAGCUUUUCCCCGGACCUGGAACGUAUGACCCUUACAAGAUGCCACACAGGCAUGUUACCUGGCCAGGAAAGUUUGGGUCUCCAGACUGGUCUUUGGUACCAGCACCAGCAAAAAGGACUCUAAAGACUGAGCUGAUUACAGACAAAGCAUUCAGGAAGCAACGGAACCUGUUGGCCUACCUGAGCCUGUAUUACAGUGCAUAACUUUGCUGAUUGGAGUCUUUU